AAUGUGUUAUGCCACAUUACCAACAAAAACCUGGGAAUGGCAGUGUCCAACCAUGCAGCUCUGUUGCCUUCCUGAAGCCCUUUCCAUAUCCAACACAGGCAGAGAAAUCCCUGGGAAAGAAAAAAAUUCCUGAGAGAUCCCAGAAUCCCAGAAUCACUGAUAUUGGAAAAGACCUCCAAGAUCAUCAAGUCUAACCUUUGACCGAUCACCACCUUCUCAACCAGACCAGAGCACUGAGUGCCACAUCCAGCUGUGUCUUGAACACUUCUGGAUCUUUCCAAAUGCCUGGUGGUCUCCACUCUUAACCCCUCGGAGCAGGCACAGCCACCAGCUGCCAGAGGAGCACGGGGCAAGUGAUACGAGUUCCUUGGCCAAGCUGUCAGCUUGCCUUGGGUGAGGGAGUGCCCUGUACAGCAUGGAGCUGGUCCCGUCCCCAUCCUAUGUGGAACAACCCUGGGGACGGUCUGGAUGCCAGCUAUGGCAGUCCUGUACCCUUCUCCACUGCCAGUGGGCUCUGAGGCACAGCGAUCCCAGAGCAUCUGGAAGGAAAGGGCUGAUCCUGAGACUGCCUUUGGGGAAUCCUGACCACACUCCGCUCCGUGCCCCUUCCCAGGAAAGCGAGCAGCGCUGGCACUCGGACCACAGCCCUGCCCAGCCCGCGGGGCAGCGAAGCAGAGGUGAUUCGGGCGGCUGCUGCACGGCGCACUGCUUCCCGUGGCUCAGCCGGCGCUGCCCCGUCAGGAAGUCACGCCGAGGGCGCAGGGGCAGUGCCCGGCAGCCGGUCCCGGGGUGUCCGUCGGUCCCGACCGCGUGGAUCCAACCGCGGGCUGCGGGAGCGCCAUCGGCGGCUGGAACACCCCCGCAGGCACCGGGGCUCAUCCAGCCCGAGGCAGGGGGAGAUCAGGUGCCGGAGAGAGCUGAGAACUUGGAGUGCCUGGCCCUGCCUCAUCCCUGGAUUUGGCAGCGGUUAGAGGAAGCAAACGUGAGGGAAGGAAACAUUUCUGAGCCGGUUGGUUGUUCACCAUGAGUGUGGCUGUUCUGCUCCUCCUGGGGCUGGGGCUGUUGGGGGCAGAAGGCAGAAGAAACAGGUGUUACUUCAACCGCACCCAGGAGCGCUGUGUGUGCUACAACCUGACCGAGGAGACCGCGGGCAGCCUCAUCCAGUGCCUCGCUGCAACUGUGGUGGAGUUUCGGGGGGGAGAGCUGGAGAAAUACAUAGCCUUCCCCAUCAGGGACCUGGACGACUCUGCCAUUGAGACUCUGGGCUCCCUCAUCAUCCAGAAAGUAAUUAUUGCUGAUGUGCUGGUGCCUGAGAUCCUCCUGGCCCGUGUGCUGAGGUUUUUCUCCUACACCCACGUGGAGGAGCUGGCGUUUGACAGCUGUGUUUUCCAGGGCACGGGUGACUGGCAUGGAAUGGAUGGCCAGAGCUUGCCCAUAUUGUCCCUGAGCUUCAACAACGUGACAUCUGCCCCGCUGAUGGGCAAUGAACAGGCCUUCUCCAGCCUGAGCACGUGGCUGGAGACACUGCAGGAGCUGGCUGUCACCAGCUCCAGUGUCACCAGCCUGCCCUGUGCCAUUGGAAAGGUGUUCAGAGCUCUGCACACCCUGGACCUGGCACAAAACAGCCUCGGGGAUGGGAGCCUGACACCUGCCUUCUGCCAGGGAGCUUUCCCUCAGCUCCAGGUGCUGAGUCUGCAGCACAACAACCUGACGUCCUACCACAGUGUGUGUGAGGGUGUGCAGCUGCUGCAGGGGCUCCAGAACCUCAAUCUCAGCCAGAACAAGCUCAUGGCAGACCCAUCCUCCUCCUGCCAGUGGCCAGCAUCCCUCCGGGUCUUUAACCUGUCCCACACUGGCUUGGAGGUAGUGCUGACACCUCUGCCUCCCAACCUGGAGGUGCUGGACAUGAGCCACAACCACCUCCGUGCCGUGGACAUCUCCCUCAGCUCCCUGAAGAAGCUCUUCCUGAGCCAAAACCUGCUGCAGGCCGUCCCCUCCCUCAGGAAUUACCCCGUGCUGGACACCCUCCACCUGGACAACAACUCCAUCGCGGAGCUGCCGUGGGACGAGGUGACGCUCCUGGGGCGCCUGCAGGACGUGACUGCGGCCAACAACCCCUUCAACUGCUCGUGCUCUGGGGCUGGGGGGCUGCAGGCACUGGCAGCUAUGGGGCACCUGGGGCAGGGCUGGCCACAGGACUACACGUGCCAGUCCCCGCCAGGCUACCAGGGCUGGCGGGUGGUGGCCGUGCCGGUGUCGGUGCUGCGGUGUCACCGCGCCGCCGUGGUCGCCCCGCUCUGCGUGGCCCUGGCCCUGCUGGGCCUGGCAGGGGCCCUCUGCCUGCUCAGGGCCAAGCCCUGCCACAGGGUGAGAUGUUGGAGCCUUCCCAGCAGUGCUUCCACACAGGAGCUCCAAGGGAAGGCUCACAGGCCCCCCAAGUGAGGGGCUCUCUCGGUGUCCCCAGCCCGGGCUGCCCUGGGGAAUGUUAUCCGGCUGUGCCUUUGCCCAGCCAGGUUUUGGGGCACCCCUCACUCAAAGCCCCGUGCCAUGCUCUGUCCCAGGGCUGUACCCUCCCUUGUGGCCAGCUCCAGCUCCUCAAACCCAAACAUGCCCCCAUUGCCCCUGCGAUGUCACCUGCCCCAGAUAAGAAGAAUUCAGCUCCAUCAUAUUCCCACUGGUGGCACUCAGAUGCCCCAAAACUCUCUGGGGUCUGGUGUUCCCUGCCCAGACCCCCACAACACCUUGUAGCCCCCCUUCCAGCCAUCCUUGGAACCUCUGUGACCCCUCUGCUGGUCCUCCAUCUCCUCACCUGGGGCUGUGCCUGGGCCAGGAUGUUUGGUCUGUGAAGAUGCUGCUUUGCUGCUCUUCAGCACAAGAGAAAACCCACAAAGACAGAAAAAUAACUAAAUUAAACACCCCCCCACACAAAUGCCAACGAGGAGGAGCAGCCAAGACCUGAGAUCUGGAUGCACCGAUGGACACAUCCCUCUGGUGUGACCUUGAGGACCUUCAACCAGAAACUUUUUGUGAAAAGAGGAAAAUGGGUUUAUUCUGGGUUAUGCAGAGAAUACCUCGUAGUAAAGAGAAAAUUGAUUAUGGGGUGCUGAGGGAGAGCAGAGGAAUGCAGGACAAUGGGGAAUGCUUAUGGGAAGGAUCAAAAGGAGGGGGUGAGUGGGGAAGGGAAAGGCAUGGGAAAAUGGGGACUGGGGGAAUCACAGGAUGGUUUGGAUUGGAAGGGACAUUAAAGGUCAUCUCAUUCAACCCUCUGCCAUGGGCAGGGACACCUUCCACUAGCCCAGCUUGCUUCAAGGCCCGUCCAGCCUGGCCUAGGACACUCCAGGGAUGGGGCAUCCACAGCUUCUCUGGGCAACCUGUGCCAGGGCCUCCCCACCCUCACAGAGAAGAGUUCCUUCCCAAUAUCCCAUCUAACCCUGCCCUCUGACAGUGUGAAGCCAUUCCCCCUUGACCUGUCCCUCCAGGCCCUUGUUAAAAGAAGGGGCUGGUUGCAGGUUGGCAGAGCUCACCUGGCCAAGCCCUGCUCUUCAUCCCCUUGACCUGUCCUGCCUUCUCAUUAGGGUCCUGGCUAUUUUCUGGGGUGAAGUUCCUGGGUAUUUUCUGUGUCCCUCCCUCUCUGCUCUGUUUGUGCACAGGUAUGUGUGACCUGUGAGCAAACACGGGCUGGGCUGGCUGGGAAUGGAGGAAAACCAGAAUGUGGGAAGACCCAAGGCUGGGGCAGGAGGGUGGCUGAACAGGGCCUGGGGUGCAGGCACCCACAGUAUUAUCCUGCUGUGGCUUUGCCCAGCCAAGUUCUGGGGAACCCCUCAAAGCCCCAUGCCAUGCUCUGUCCCAGGGCUGCACCCUCCCAGGGGGGUUUUCCCUAUGGUCAACUCCAACUGCCCAAGCCCCAACAUGCCUCCAGUACUGCUCCCGAUGGAGCUCCCAGUGCUGCCUGUUCCAUCUGUGUCCACCUGGCAUCACCCUCACACCUGAGGCACAGGUGAGGGGGGUUUUGGGGAGGCAGGGCACUGGUUGUCUUCUACAUGGGGAAUGGUGGCGAAGGGAGGGAUCCAUGUGCAUCUCCUCAUCGUGCCUGGUCCUGUCCAAAAGGAGGGGUGGGGCUGUCCUGGGACCUCUCUCCUGUCUCCCACCAUCUGUGUUUCCACAGAUCACGGAGACCCUCAGCUUUGGCAUUUCCUUCUGUGCUCUCUUGCUGUGACUCAUCUCCAGUAAAUGUGUUUCUGUG